CUCGGGUUUCAGAACCUUUACUCCUUCAAAAUCCCACUUUUCCUUCUUCUUCUUACUACAUACAUAAUGGCUGUUAGUGGAAAUCUUCUCAUUGUUGUGUUGGUGUCAUUCAGUCAUCUUCUCAAGUCUCCCAUGUAUUUCUUCCUUGGUCAUUUGUCUUUAUGUGAUUUUAUACUCUGCUCCAGCAUCAUCCCCAAAGCCCUCAAUGUUAUAGUACAUGGGGGGAGCAGUAUAUCCUUCUUGGCUUGCUUCAUCCAGUUUUACAUUUUUGGAGCUUGUCUCGUAACAGAAUGCUUCCUUCUGACGGUAAUGUCCUAUGACCGAUACGUGGCCAUCUGCAACCCCCUGAGUUACAUCUUGAUUAUGAACUUUAAUCUUUGUCUUUUUCUUGUUGCGGGCACUUGGCUUGCUGCAUUUUUUAUCUCUUUCAUUUCUUCUUUUAUGAUCUUCACCUUGGAUUUUUGUGGCCCUGAUGCUAUUGAUCACUUAUAUUGUGACCCCAGUCCUAUAUUGGAACUUUCCUGUUCAGAUACUUUUCCAGCUAAAUUAGAGACAUCACUUCUUACCACCAUUGUUGGCCUUUUACCUUUUGUGCUUAUUAUUGUGACCUAUGUGUACAUCUUUACCACCAUUCUUGGUAUCGCCUCCAACACUGGGAGGCAGAAAGCCUUCUCCACCUGCAGCUCUCACCUUUCUGUUGUGUGCGCAUUUUAUGGUACAUUAAUCAGCAUUUAUCUGAGUCCUUCCACAGGAAACUCCCUCACUAUAAAUAAGAUCUUAUCUCUCGUAUACACAUUGGGUACCCCUUUGUUUAAUCCAGUUAUAUAUACGUUGAGAAACCAGGAAAUCAGAAAAACACUAAAAUUUGCUAAGGAAGUAGAUGAUGAGUGCGGUCUCCCAACCGCACUUGGUGUAAUUGGGAGCCGCUCACUGACCUUCCUCCUAAACCUUCUUAAUCCCUACGAGUUCCGCAGCUGA